AUGGUCGAUAACAUCGCUUUCGACUUGUGCGUCCAAAUUCUGUUGCAAGAAGCUGGCGCUUCCUACUCGCAGAUUUCUGAUACACCUCCUCACAAGAUCUUACAGCCUUGCUCCUUCAUGACUUGUAUUCAAGCCAAGACCGAGUCGCUGCGCUCGCUGUGGCGUACUUUGUUGGAGCAUUCAGGAGGAGCUUGGCCACCCUCCCCAGACUUUGAUCUGAAUGAACCCGUCCUUAUCCAAUUGGCAAAGCUGGCUGUUGAAGCCUCGUCGUUAGUUAGCCGGAAGGAUGUCGAAGGUCUAGGCGAGAUAGACAUUCAACGGAAUCGCACGUUCAUCGACCGGCAUCUGCCGCAUGCCAAUGAUGUUCUGCACGCCUUGCGUGGCCUCAACCAGAGGAAGUUCUUGGGAGCUGCGAGCUGUAUCGCUUUCCUUUCUCAUCUAUAUCGUUGGGGGAUCGUACCUGUGAUUGCAGUUGCGCAAGAAGACAUUGCCUCAGAGCUGCCGUCAACACUCCAGACUUCGUUCGCCUAUGUCAACAGCCGUCUUGGACUAAAGACGAGCGGGGGUACCAUGACUACGAUGACCUACUGCAACUACCGUUCUGAUCUGCUUGCUUUGACAUUCAGCACGACUGCAAGCCUUGGAUCUCCUUACACCUUGGCAGAGACGUGGAACGCGCGCCUCUUUGUUGAACUUGAACAUUUGGCGUCGCCUUUCUAUCGUUCCGUGCUUCUCUUUGCUGAAGAAAUCGAUCAGGGUAAGGACAGUGAGGCGCUCAAGGAAGGUGUUGACUCGAUUCGAGCUGCUUUCAAGUUUUUCUACCGCAAUCUGCAAGAAAGCGUGGUUCCCAAAGCCGUUUGGAUGAGCCAUGCUCAGGGCUUCCACGGUUGGGGUUGGGGAGGAGACGAGGGCGUUAGUGGUGAUCAAGCCAUGAUUAUUCGCACCUUGGACGCGCUGCUCUCGAUCCCUCCAUCCUCAGACCCGACGCACCUCUCUGGCCCGCAAAGAAACUUUCUUCAACAUCUUCGUUCACAAAACUUACGCCAACGCACCGCCGCACUUCCCCACGCCAGCAAGAGCCUCGGCGAGCUUCUGCAAGCACUCAAGAUGUGGAGAUUGGGCCACAUCAAAAAGGCGCUCUACUAUGAAGAUUUGAACCUUCCGGAGCGGAAGCCGAUGACCGCAGGCUCUGGAGUUGAGGUCGGGGCAGGCUUGCAAGACCUUUUGACGAAGCUUGAUACCAACAUGCGCAAACGUAUCGCCCUGACAAAGUGA